UGACUUCCGCACGGAAGCGUUCGCUCUCUCGCGUUCGUCUCUCUCUGUCUCGCCCGCACCUCGACUCUCUCUCGCCUCGUCAUUGUUGUCAUUGUUUUUGGUGGUCACUAUUUCGCACAGUGUAGCCGAGGAAAAUGUAAUCAACUCAAAGAACAAGACCGCAAAAAAAAAACACAGAGAAUAUAUUGUGACAAGAAAUCAUCCAUUAAAGCAUCUUCAUCAUGGUGGAGAUACAAAAGCCGCACUCGGCCCUAAAACGACCAUCGCUAAAACGGGAAACGGUCGUUGUUAACAACAGUGCGCCGACCAUCAAAAAGGUGACUCUGGUGCCCAAGGAUGAGGAACUGGUGGCCAUUUCUCCGGAACGCCGCAACUGGCGCGGCAUCUUCAUCGCCCUACUGGUCAUCGCCGCCGUCUUCAGCCUGAUCAUAUUCUCGAUCUUCCUGCUGUCGCCGGAGGACGAGGGCCUGAGGAUCCGGGGUCGCCGGAUGCUGCCCAGCGAUAUCCUGGGCAGGAGCCUCCAGUGGAAGCCCUUCAACGGCACCUGGAGCAAUGGUCGUGAGCUCAUCUAUCGCGAUCCCACGGGUGGCCUCUCCAUUCUCAACAUGGCCGAUCUCACCACACGCAUUCUUAUGACCAAUUCAACAUUUCGCCAAUUGAAUGCAGAAUCGUUUCUAGUGGCUCCUGACCAGAAAUACGUGCUCCUCCAGUCGGACUCCAAUGCCGAGGGCUCCAGACAUCACGUAUACGAGGUGCAGACGGCCAACACAUUCCCGCUGGGACCAACGGAGAAUAUAGCGGAGGCCCCACGCCUCCAGCACGUGGUGUGGGCGCCGGCGAAUCCGCCACCACCGCUUGGAGCACCACCACCCAGUGGUUCCAGUACCACCACAAUGGCCCCACUGCCCAGCGGCAGCAUAAUCCUGAACAGCCUGGCUGGGGCGGCCAAUGGUCCAGUUGCCACGGGAUCCUCCGGCUCCGCUGGCCCAAAUCCCAAUGGCAAACCAGGUGGCUAUUCCCUGAACCAAGCCAUCGCCUUUGUGCACCACAACGACAUCUACUACAAGCCCAAGGUGCAGGGCGAACUCGUCUGCCGGAUAACGCAGUCGGGCUCCGGAUCGCCGGAGGGGGAAUCAUCUGGGGUGGUCUUCAAUGGAGUUCCCGAUUGGACAUACGAAAAUGUGCCGGAGCUGGAGAGCCGGAGGAGCAGCAUGCAGUUCUCGCCUGACGGACUCUACUUGGCCUUCCUCAGUUACAAUGACAGCGAGGUCAACGAGUACAAAUACACCUGGAUGGGCGAUGAUAUCAAGUAUCCGGCGGUGAUGAGUCAGCGCUAUCCGAAGACUGGUUCCCAGAAUCCGAAUGUGACGGUGAACGUGGUGAAUCUGUCGGUGAUCAAGUACAUAUUUCCCACUCAAAUCAAGCUGCCCAGUGAGCUGUCCAAUGGGAGCUACGUGGGCGGCUUGACCUGGGCCUCGCCCAGUGACCUCUCGGUGACGGUGACCAACCGGGAGCAGACCAAGGCCACCACGGUCCUCUGCCGUGCCCCGCACUUCCAUUGCCAGGCGGUGCACACGGAGGUGACCAUCAACGAUGGCUGGGUCCUGCCAUCGGAGCGACCCAUCUUCUCGGCCCGCAACCAGAUGCACAAGCAGUUGGCCAAGCUGCUCCCGAAUUCGGAGGAAGUUCACCCGGAGAUUCAUAAUGUGAGUGCCACGGAGGAGGGCCAGAUGCAUACAACACAUGAGAUCAGCAAUGGUGGAUAUCUGCUGAAGCGCCUGCCCGUGCGGGAUGGCGAGCAUGGGCACUAUCGCCAUGUGGUCUUCAUAUCCUCCCUGGACCGCAGACCCGUUCCCCUGACCAUGGGCCGGUUCGAGGUCACCGAAAUCGUGGGCUGGGAUGAGCCACACGAGAUUGUCUACUUCAUGGCCGCGCCGGAGAAAAGACCUGGCGAACGGCAUCUGUACAAGAUCAAUCUGAAGCUCAAUGUCACGGAAUCGAAUAGGACAUACAUAACCUCCUCAUCGCCCACCUGUCUCACAUGCGACAAUACGGAGUCCACGUACCGCCUCCACAGGGCCAGAAUCUCGCAGAGGGGCGAUCGUUGGGAGGAUAUUGUGGCUCGCUUGGAACCGGAUGACUGCCUCUAUGAUAUACCCAAGAAUUGCCUGUACAAUCGGGUGCAGUUCAGCCAGGACUACAGCUACUAUGUGCAGGAGUGUUUGGGCCCGGAGGCGCCGAGUGUUUACCUGGUGGAGACGGCCAGCAAUGAUAAGAUCUAUGUCCUAAAUGCAGGCGACGUACUGCGUCAUCGGCUGUCCCAGCUGGCCAUUCCCCAGUCGCGCACCUUUAGCGUGGAGAUACGACAUGGAUUCCAUGCCCAGGUGCGACUCUUCCUGCCGCCCGGAAUGCGCGAGGAGGAGGACGUGGCCUUUCCACUGGUUCUCCAUGUCGAUGCCUCGCCGGGAUCACAGUUGGUAACAGAACGCUUCCAUGUGGACUGGAACUGGUAUUUGGCCAGCCAGCGCAGCUUCAUUGUGGCCCAAAUCGAUGGGCGUGGCAGUGGCUUCCAGGGUGAACUACUCCGCACCCAGGUGCAUGGCAAACUGGGCACCGUCGAGGUGGAGGAUCAACUGGGAGUCCUCACAUACUUGCGGGACAACCUGAAGUUCAUCGAUCCCCUGAGGAUCUGCGCCUUUGGCUGGGGCUACGGGGGAUACGCCUCCUCCAUGAUGCUCAUCGACGACUCCCAGCAGGUGCUGCAGUGCGCGGUGGCCAUCAACCCCAUUGUCAACUUUGGAUUUCACUACUCCUUCUUCACGGAGCGCUACAUCCCGCUGAAGGGCGACUACCUGCGGGCCCUCCAGGAGGCGGACCUCACGAUGAAGGCGGGCAACAUCAAGGGUCGCAACCUGAUGCUGAUGCACGGCACCGCCGACACCCUGGUGCACCAGGAGCACACCCUGAUGCUGGUCCGUGCCCUGGUGGAGCAGCAGGUGAAGUUCCGGCACCAGGUGUAUCCGGAUGAGGACCAUGCCAUUGCCAGGUCGCUGAGCCAUGUCUACAAGACGAUGGAAUGGUACUUCGACGAGUGCUUCGGACCCGUCGACGACAACGAGUGGGACCCCACGGGUCUGUUCGUGUUCAAGCAAUAAUUAAGACCCCCCUACGAUCCUUACGACGAGGAUCCGCUGGCCAACCAGCUCAGCGACAUCGAUGGCAUCGGCCUAGCCAGCGGUUCGAAUCCGGAUGCGGAUGCAGAUCCGUCCGGCGAUAGCGCCGGCAGCAACCUGUCCACCCUGCUGACCGCCACCACGACGACCGCCUCGCUGUCGGCGCUCGACGAACUGGACAACCGGCUGCAGUCCCUGGACCUGAUCACCUCCUCCACGGCCACCACCCUCAGCAAGGUCGCCGGCAAGCUGUGCAACUACAGCAGCAAGCGGCGGCUCCACCAGUCGGAGGCCGUGCUCGCCCAGAAGUCGCGCAUCCUCCAGCACUAGAGGACCCUCCUCCUCCUCCUCCUCCAGGAAUGGGAAUGGGUAUCCUCCGUGCGUCCAGCGUGUGUGUGUCCGAGUGUCCCCGUCCCCGGCGGGCAGAUCCAUCCUCUUCUCACUUUCGACGGGAGUUUGCGGAAGCCUUGUACACUUUGUUUAUAUUUUUAAAUCCAACAUAUUCCCUACGAAUUAAGUAUAUUUCCAUUUUUUUCAGUGCUGCCAAUCUGAAAAAAUAUUUUUUUUUAAUUUAAGUUCUACUCAAAAUUGUUAUAACAAUUUAAAAAGCAUUAAGUACCCUUGGUAUACUUUUUAAACAUGAUAAUAUAACUUAGGUCCAUUAAUUUGAUUGAGUUCAUCAUACUUUAAUACUUAAAUAAUUUUAAUAUUAUUUUUAAUAUUAUCUAAUAUUUUAAAAGGAGUUUGCGCAAGGGCUUUCCACAUGAAACAUAUACAAAUAAGAUAUAUUAGAAGCCUUCAACCAAUUCCAUACAAAUUAAGGGUAUUUCAAUUUAUUUUGUUCAGUGCAGCCAAUCUGAAAUUUUAUUUGUAAUUUAAGUUCUCAGAUUUAUUAAAUUAAAAAUUUUAAAAGCGAUAAGUAGGAUUGGUAUAUUUUUUAAACAUGAUGACAUAAAUUAAAUCCAUUAAUUUCAUUGAGUUCAUUAUAUUUUAACCUUAAAUAAUUUAAAUAUUUUUUAUAAUAUUAUUUAAUAUUUCAAAAGCAGAAUGCGCAAUUGUUUUCCACAUAAAACAUAUACAAACAAGAUACAUUAGAAUUAAUAAUUUAGAACUCCAUAAAUGGUUCCAUAAGAUUCAAUUUUUUUUUAAUGAAUAUUAUUGAAUUUAAGAAGAUAUAAAUUUAUGCUAGUUAACAUUUGCAAAUUAUUUAUGAAAGUUGAAAUAAGGAUAUGUGCAUUGUUUACUUUAAUUAUAAUUAAGCUUUAUUUCAUGUAAUUUUAAGUUCCGCAAAUUUUUAACGAAAGUGAAAACAUGAUAAAAAUAAGGAUAGGGAUAUUUAUUAAUUUAUUUAAAAUUAAUUUUAUUUCAAGUAAUUUUAAGUUCCGCAAAUUUUUUAACGAAAGUGAAAACAUGAUAUGUUCUGUUAGUGUGCAAGUGUUGAUUCUCCCAAGGCAUUUAUAUUUAUGUAUUCUGUUUUUUGAGACCAGUAAAAGGUGAAAACUUUUACUGACAUGGUAUCUGCCAAAAAAUAAGUAGUUUAAAAGACCUAAGAUGGUAAAAGAAAAAAAUGUACUCAUUGAAAAAUCUCAGUAAUGAAAAUAGGCAAGAUUACGUGUUUAAAAUAAUUAAUGAUAUUUUUGUUAGAAUUGAGGAAUUUAUUCAAAAUGAUUCUGCAUUUUUGAACAUUUUUGGGAUAUAAAUUUGUUAAUUAAUUAAUAAGAGCCAGGAUCAAAAUGAUUUAUAUUGGUUUAAAGUCGUUCAUAUGAUUUAUAUAUUUUAUAUUUAUAUUACAAUUUUCUUUGAGAUUUAUUUUAAGGAAAGAUUUUUAAAGAAACGCUUUAAUAAGGAACUUUUAUUAUCGGUUCUUGUAGAUCACUAUAGUCACUAUAAGUGGCUGUGGGUUGUUCGUUACAAACAAAACCUAAAGUUAAACCUUAUAUCAUUAUGUCCUUUCAACUCCCUGAUUUGCCGGCGGAAAUCGCGUGUGAAUGAUUAUCGAGAAAACAGAGGAAUUAGGAAACAAAACCAAAGCAAGGUGAUUCAUUUAUGCGACUGAUUAUUAACAUAUGUGUAUUAAAUAAUUAACCAAACUGAUGGUGCGAGGGGGGUGACGAGGCGGUGGAGAGUCGAUGUCCUUGAGGUAAGGAUAAAAAAGUAGGGGAUUUACCAAAUUGCUAAGGGCAAUUGCCAACCAAAUACAGAGCGAUAUGUGUGUGUGUGUCAUGUGUGUAAUUUGUUUAGGCCUCAUUGUUGUUUCUUUACGUGUUCGUUUCGAUGUGUAUAAACAUAUAUAGUUAUAAUUGACUGAACGUUAUUUUUUUUGUAUAUAUUAACGAUUAAAUUUUAAACGAAACAAUUAAUUCAUGUCCAAGAAAUAAAGGAGGAGGGUGUAUCUUUUAAAUAGCCAACCACCAGUUUGCGAGUAGUUCGUAUAAUCGAGCAGAGAAACCGAAAACCACAGCUUAUGGCCCCUUGAAUGUUUGUGAUAGUCGAGAGUAGGCGACUAUAAAAUACCCUGUACUCCAAUCGAAUCGCUUAGAUAGUUACCGAACCCGAAUCUCCUUCUCGACCGACUUUCGGUGUGGAAAAAGCUUUAAACUUCAUAUCCAUUCGACGUUUAAUGCUAUGGAUACAGGGUAUUUCCAGGUGUCUAGCAUCCAAAACAGACCUAAUUUUAAAACUAAAUUGUAAAUUGAGAGUGGAUGGAGAUGAGAUUGUGCCACACUAAAGACAAGUCCCAGGCUUGCCCAGUCCCCUAAAUCGAUCGAAUUGGAUCUGAAAUAUAUAUAUUAUAUGAUAUAUAGAUGGGGGAAUGCAUAGGUGUGCUUAAGCGAGAACCAAAAAAAAUGGCAAAACAUUUUUUUUUAGAUUUUUUUACCAUUAACAUUAACGGAACGAAGCGAAUUCCAUAUAUGAAAUGGGAUUAAGUUGUCAAAAUGCCUAGAUGUUAAAUGUUGCGUCAAUAAGCGAAAUUUUAUUGUAGCGGGGCCGACGAGGGCCCCCGACUUCCGGAACCCAACAACUAAAGCUAAGAAACCCAAAUAAACCAAUAUAGUCAAGCUUUAAAUGUUGUACACAAAAGAAAAGGGGUCGCAACCACAUAAAAACCCAAGUUAACUAAACCAAAACAAAACAAAACCAAAAAAACUAAUGAGAAUACAAAGAGUAUGCCCAAAAACAGACCCGAGAAUAAAUAAAUGUUAAACUUAACUAAACGAUAAAUGCAUAUUUAUAAAUGUUUAAAACAAGAAUUCUAUAAUAAA